AUGGAGAUAAGGGACCCAGAGCUCCACACCCUGCGAGAUCAGUCCAGCAGGUCCCGCACAGAGAUCCACAGUCCUGCCAUGUCGAUCCACCUCACCCCGGAGCAGACGCGGAGGAUGGAGGAGAACCGGCGCAAAGCUCUGGAGAGGAGAGCGCAGCUGCAGGCGGAGAGAGCGCAGGGACUGGGGGAGAGAGCGCAGACCACCACCGCUGACCCUGGGACACAAGCAGCUGCGGUCUCUGCUGCUGUGACCCCGUCCCCUGCAAAGAGACGGAACAUCACUACAAGUGGGAAGUGUGUGGGGCACUCUGUGACGGGCCGCUUCAGAGUGGAGGUGGGGUACCAUGUGGAGCUCAUACAGGUGUUCAGGUCCAUCCCCACCAGGCACUAUGACAAAGCUACAAAACGGUGGGACUUCAGUCUCAAGCAUUAUCACCGCCUCAUGCGUCAAGUGGCCUCCAUUAACUCAGUGUGUCUGGAGCCCCUGGAGGGAAUCCUGGAGCCGGAAGCUUCCACCAGUGAAUACGCAGGGUCUAUAGCUCCUCUGCUGAAGCUGAGCAGCCUCUGGAAGAGGAACAAACUUUUCCGCAAGACAGCAGAGUGCGUUCUGGUGUCUCUGUCCAGGUUCCACAUUCUGCCUGAAAUUGUUUCUGUUUUCUCCACAAAAGUGACCGAUGUGUUCAAGCUCAUGCCGUCGCACCGUGCCGAAGCAGAAGGAAAGUGGAGCUUCUCUCUUAAGGAUUACAAACCGCUCAUGGACCUGCUGACCCAGAUGACCAGUGCGAGGGUGGAGCCUCUCCCCCGGCAGGUUGUGGAGGCCUUCUGUCGUCGAUUCGAAGACCCGCACGCUGAGACCGCCACUGUCCCUGAGGCCGACCUGUCCGCCAUUGACCCCGUCCUGAGCACUAGCCUGCUGCCCUUUCAGAGGAUCGGGGUCAAUUUUGGGGUACACCAGGGGGGUCGGCUGCUCCUGGCCGAUGACAUGGGUUUGGGGAAGACCAUCCAGGCCAUCGCCAUCGCCGCCUUCUACAGGAGCGAGUGGCCGCUGCUGGUGGUCACUCCCUCUUCCAUCCGCUUCACAUGGGCCCAGGCCUUCAAACGCUGGAUGCCGUCUCUGCAGUCGGAGAAUAUCAACGUCAUGGUCAAAUCCACAGACAACAUCAGCUCUGGUUUAGUGAACAUCGUCAGCUACAGCCUCCUGCGGCGAGCGGAACCAGAACCAGGGAUUAAAGUCAUCAUCGUGGAUGAAUCCCAUUUUCUGAAGAACAAUAAGACGGCUCGGUACAAAGCUGCUCUCCCACUGCUCCAGGCCGCAAAGCGAGUGAUCCUUCUGUCUGGGACUCCAGCCUUGGCCAGACCCUCGGAGCUGUACACACAGAUCCAGGCCGUCAGACCCAAACUCUUCCCCAAGUUUAAAGACUACGCAGAGAGAUACUGUCAGGGUCACAAGACAGAGUUCACUUAUGACGCUUCGGGCUCCUGUCACCUGGAGGAGCUGAAGCUUCUGUUGGAGCAGUGUCUGAUGCUGCGGAGGCUAAAGUCGGAGGUUCUGUCUCAGCUUCCUCCCAAACAGAGGCACGUGGUGACGGUCAACGUGCAGGGCAUCAACGAUCAACUUAAAAAUGCCAUGUCUGUGGCUGACAAGAAGAUUAGAGCGGGAAACCUGAGUAAAAAAGAGACGAGGGAGACAAUGUUCGCCUACUACAGCUACACAGCGGAUGCCAAACUACAGUCCAUCAUAGAGUACAUCAAAGACAUCAUGCAGUGUGGGAAGGACAAGUUCCUGGUCUUUGCCCAUCACAGGUUUGUCAUGGAUCGUAUCACCGCGGAACUUACCAGAAAAAAGAAGAGUUUCAUUCGUAUCGAUGGUUCAACUCCCUCUGCAGAGCGUCUGAAUCUGUGUGAGCAGUUCCAGCAGAGCAUUGAGCCCUGUGUCGCCGUCCUGUCAAUCACAACCGCCAACACCGGCCUGACCCUGACCGCCGCCGACCUGGUCAUCUUUGCAGAGCUGUCCUGGAGCCCUGGAACUCUCAUUCAGGCGGAGGACCGGGUUCACCGUAUCGGACAGACCAACGAUGUGAACAUCCACUACCUGGUGGCACAGGACACGGCAGAUGACCACAUGUGGGAUCUCAUCCAGAAGAAAAUAGAAGUGUUGAAGAAGGUCGGUCUGUGUGAUGGGGAUUUCCUUAAAGAUGCGAUCGAAACCAGCUUCACAGAAGAGGAUUUACAAGAAUCUGAAGAAUUAUCCCAAAACACCGAAGUCUGUCAGAGUUCAAUGACUGAGGAAGAUGAAGACGACAGCGAGGAGGACGACAACAUCAACGAUAAAGAUUAUGAGUUCAAUGAGGAAGAGGAGCAUGACGAGGAGGACGAAGAAUACGAGGAUACAGAGGGCGAGGACGAAGACGAGGGUGAGAACGAGACUGGAGACGAAGAAGACAAGGGUGAGAACGAGACUGGAGAUGAUGAUUAUGAAGGUGAGAGCGAGACUGGAGACGAGGAAGACGAGGAAGACGAUGGUGGUGAUGGCAAAUACGAUGAAGAUGACGAUCCGGAUUAUAUGAAUGGAGAAAACUGA